AUGUUUGGUUGUUAUCUCCAACACAAUCAAUACGAACUUUCCGAAAAUGAUCGCGACGUCAUUUACCAACGUAGACUUCCUCAAAAAACAAAGCCAAUUGAUUUUGCGAAAGUAUUAGAAACAUUCUUGGCUGGUUCAAAGGGUAAUUUCGAUGAUAGUAUUUAUAAUCUGCCUGAAUUACUGGGACUCUGUAAUAGAUUAAGUUGUGGUGAUAUUUACAAAGCUAUCGAUGAAUUCCGAAAAAGUGAAUUCUUUACUAAUUUUCAAAUAGCUCUACAGUUAAUACAAGACCCAAAAGGGUGGGAGAUUCUUGGUGAUCUGAUUUCGAAUCCUGAUUUUAUACAAAAGUUCAUAGGUGGAGGUGAGGAGAAAGGUGUUGGCAGUGGACUGGAGAAAAUUACACCAGAAGAUGGCGAUAUUGGCAUAGAUUUCAGUGAAUUAGUAAAGAGUAAUUCUAGUCAAUUUAUAAAAGUAAAAAAGCCAACGAUCGAAGAGCUACCAGAAAUUGCAGAAAAUAUUGAUGCAACCGAUUAUUACAACGCUCUUGAAAAUGGCGCAGAUCUUGACAACUUUGAGGAAAUAACUAAACCAGACGAGCUCCCAGUAACUGCAGCACCAACAAUCACUAAAGUACCCGAACUGUCGAUUAUCCCAAAGAUUAUAAUGCCUGGAAUCGCAGAAAAUAUCGAUGAAACUGAGCAGACGAAAAUUACUAUCGAUAUGACUACACCAGAAGCAAUAAAUUUCUCGGAAAGAAGAAUUGCUGCCAAUACGUCAAAACCAGAAAUUCUACGAUCUACGACGACUUUUCAAGUUUCUACAAAAAGAGGAACUAGUAUAACAAAGAACCUUGUAACGACGACUCAUCGUCCGUCGAAAACUAUUUCUACUACUAAAAUUGCACAUUUGACUUCUAUUCCACGUGUACGAACAACUACGAAAAACUUCCGAGAAGAAAGUGAUUAUUAUGCCAUGUAUUAUGAUGAUUUUAAGAGUUAG